CGUUUUUAUUUAUGAAAUAUUUAAUAUGUAUUAAUAUCAUGACUAUUAUUUUAAACAUUAUAGUUAAGAAAAUCUGCGAUUUUAAUAACAUUGAUGUGAAUAUAAGAUUAUCUCUGUUUUAUAUACAAAUAAACGUCUACCUAGUCUUGGUAAACUGUGUAAAGGAUUUCUAUUACUGUUACGAAAAAAAUUAUAAUUACUAUGAGAAAAGAUUAUGGCGGAAGUUUGGGAUACAAAGCCAUUCGACGAAACUGAAGGAUGUCUAUUACUAUUACGAAAAUGAUCAUAGUUGGGAAAAAAUUUUAUUGGAAGCCUGCGAUGUAAAACCAUUUGACAAUAAGGACAAAGAAUUAAGUAAGCGGAUAAUUAUCAGGGAAGACUACACUGGAAGGUUUUGAUGGAAAACCGUUUAGCAAGAAUAAAUUUUUAUUUUCGUUGCUAUUUGAUGGUUGUAAGAAAAGAAUGUUCAACAUAUUUGAACUACGUUCAACUCUGCUUGAGUUCUUCUUCGAAGAACUAUUAUCUAAAAAAUAUAUAAAAAAUGUAUAUAUGCCAAUAGUUAUAAAAAGAAAUAAAUAUUUCCGUAAAUGUA